GUGUGUGUGUGCGUGUGUGUGCGUGUGUGUACUUUCUGUUUCUCCCUAAACAGAAGUGGCCUCAGUGCGCCCUUGAUGAGCGCACAGAGAGGAGCACCGACGCAGGACUAAAGAGUGUCCGAAAAGAAGCCUUCACUUCCCCGCAGUUUCUCCACUUCAGGAUCCUCUUCCUCCAUGCCCGAGCUGGGAGCUUCUCCGCGGCGGAGUCCGCAGGGAGUUCCGUACAGCGACCUGCAGCACAUCGUCAACGCCGACGGACAGCACCUGUUCUGCCGCUACUGGGAGCCCACCGGCCCGCCAAGGGCGCUGGUGUUGAUCGUCCACGGGGCCGGGGAGCACUGUGGUCCCUACGAUGAGAUUGCACGGAAACUUAAGGAGGAGAUGUCUCUGUUGGUCUUUGCACACGACCACGUGGGCCACGGUCAGAGUGAAGGAGACAGGAUGGUCAUCAAGGACUUCCAGGUGUACAUCAGAGACUCGCUGCAACACAUCGACCUGAUGAAGUCUCGUCACCCCAACCUGCCCGUCUUCAUUCUGGGACAUUCCAUGGGUGGAGCAAUAUCCAUCCUCGCAGCCUGCGAGAGGCCUACUGAUUUUGCCGGAGUGGUUCUGAUCGCUCCCAUGGUCCAAAUGAGCCCAGGCUCAGCCACGCCCUUCAAGGUUUUCCUGGCCAAGAUUCUGAACCAUAUGCUGCCCAGCUUGUCUCUCGGCUCCAUCGAGUCCAAAUGGGUCUCACGGGACCAGAAGCAGGUGGAGGCCUAUGACAACGACGAGCUCAACUUCCACGGCGGGCUGCGCGUGUCCUUUGGCAUGCAGCUGAUGGGGGCGGUGGCUCGCAUCGAGCGGUCCAUCCCGUCCAUCGGCUGGCCCUUCCUGCUCCUGCACGGCGACGCCGACAGCCUCUGCGACAUCCAAGGCUCCAGGUUGAUGUUUGAAAAGGCUCCCAGCUCGGACAAGAAGCUCAAGGUCUACGAGGGCGGCUACCACUGCCUUCACCAUGACCUGCCGGAGGUGGCGGAGUCCGUCCUGAGGGAGGUGACCAGCUGGGUCCGAGAGCGCCUACCCGACAACACACCCUCAUCGCCGCAAGGCUCGUAGGAAACAUGACCACAGCAGUUAAGCAAAACGCCACUAGAACAUUCUCCUGUUCGCUAUGGACAGGAUUGUAGUCCUUUGGGCAUUUUACUCCAGUCUCUUUGCCUCUUCCGAGCUCACAUUUUUCUAAUUGCUUCUUGACAAUAUGCCGGGUUGAAAGUGGAAAGUACAAGUAAGUUGAAGUUGCAGUAUGCUCAGGUUUGUUGUGCAAUAAUACCGUUUGUUUUGGACACUUCUCAUCAUCAUCAGCCUUACCCCAAAAUGAGCCGAAAGAACAAUAAACACUGCCAGCACAUAUUAUACUUUAA